GCAGGAGAUUAAGUGUCUUUCAUUAGUUCUAAAUUUCAUCAUAUUCGUUGGACUUAGAAAAUAUUUUCCGUAGUUUAGAAGUUAAUUUAGUUUCUAAACAUAAUAUUUUUUGGCUAAUAUCAGGAACGUUUUAUGAAACGCAUAUAAAUAGCUUUAAGAAUAUUCGGUUUCUUGUUUAACCAAGUGAUUUGUAUUUUGGCAGAAAGAAAAAGCGAUGAAAAAUUGAUAUUCGCAUUAUUUUAGGAUUACUUUGCCUUUAGCAGUAAUAAUAACAGCUUCACCGGCGGAGAGGAAGUCAGUCAUAUGCGAGAGGAAGUGACGCGCAAGCGUAUCUAUUGUUUUCCCUUCACGUGACUACCACGGCGGGCUAUUCGCAUAGCGUGUUUAGAAGUGUGACUUUGGUUCAUCUAACUUCUCUCUAAAUCCACGCCAAAAGAUUCGCUAUUUCUUUCAAUGACAUCAAAUCGAAUGGCAAAGCCUACCAAUGAAAACAUGUUGACCAAAUAACCUUCAAGUUUGGAGGGAAAGCAGAGCUUUAAAUGCGGGAAAUCAGCGACUGCGUGCGUGAGGUGAGAAUUCAACAGUGAAGACAGAACUCGCUGAAAUUAUCGCCGAAAGGGAGCCUCAGAGACUUUCAGGUAAGCCUAACUGAUCGGAACCAGUUCUUGUUUAUUCGUUUCUUGAUUAUUUUUUGUCUUUAAGGGCAACCUUUCGAGUUUAGGCGAUCUUUUUCCUCUUUGAGUAGUGUCUAUCAUUCGAUUCGAAUCAGCGUUCCGCUGACGCUAAAGAGCCUUCGGUUCUAUCUUAUCUGGCCAGCGGAGAAAUCUUAUAUUCUUCACAUGAAGCGCUUGUUUUAAUGAAUUGUAUUUUAUACAAAUCAAUGUUUUUUUUAAGAUUAUGCUCGGUUGUUAUUGAGCUAGUGCAUUGCUUGGCAUCUCUUUAUUUUCUGGUAAUCAUUAAGAAUAACUAAUCACAGAACAAUGCCAAAAUAGUCAGCCUAGAUUUCAAAUACCAAAUCAAUUGUUGUUAUAAUUAUUGUUGUUUUUUCCUGAGAUAAUGCUACCCCAGAAAAAAAAAAAACACAACAAAUGCAACCAGAUAUAGAAUGAUGAUUUUCAAUGCUGCAAUGCAUGUCCAUUUCAGAACUAAAAAGAGGGAGCAUGUCACAAAAGCAAAUGACAGUUAUGAUGCCACCUUAAACAGGCAGAGAAAGCGCAGCCGGCUUAACACAAAAACAACGCUACGAAAAAAGACCUUGAGGGAAAGCUCCAGCAUCAACGAGAAGAGAAAAGGGAAAUACUUUGAAAUCAUUUCGCGGACUUUAUGUCCUCGGAGCACACAGGGUCUGAUGGAGAAAAUGAGGGGUCUGACGAGGAAGCACCUAAACUGCUUUACAAGCAUAAGCUUCCAUGGAGGAGUAAGGAGGCCGAUUCAUUGAUGGCCUACUUAGAAAAAAAAGUUAGAAAGGGCAGGGGCCAGAGAAGCACAAACAUGAUGUUCAGGAGAAAAGAUGGUGCUAAUUCGAAAAGAACUGCACCAAUUGAUGCUCCCGAUUGGGCUGUGAAGCAUCAGCUUUAGGUUGUCUACAUGCAAGCUAUUCUUUUCGAAUUAGCACCAUCUUCUCUAUUUUGCUAUGAAUGAUGGACUUGUGCGUUGGCACAAAAAAUGUUAUUGUUGAAGCAUAUAGUGAUCCACUUUGAUUUACAAAUUCACAACGAUUUUUAUUACAACAAGUUCAUGAGUAUUCAGAUUUAUUAUUGAACUAUUUUCCUCGAAAAAACAGUAGAUGAGGCUACAAUUUAUUAUAUAAAGGAGAUGUGAUUUAUUUAGAAUAUUGAAAGAAUAUUAUUAAAAAAACAAUUACUUUGACCAAGAGCUGAUAAAAUAGUGUUUAUAGUAAUUUAUUUAUUUUGAAAUAUACACUUAUUGGACCAAACCAAAUGUAUAAAUACCGAUUAUAUUUUACUGAUAACAGAAAAUACAUGAAAUAAAGGAUUUCAGUAGA